AUGGAGUGCAGCACCAGCGCGUCGUUUUGUCAAAGUUUAAGUCCACUUUUGGGCCAGAUCUGUGAAGACCCCAGGGUGGCCCGGCUCCUGAACACCAGACUGGGACAGUAUCUUCGCCAGAAUCCGGUCCUGGGCCUGUCCGCCCUACUCUUCUCGUCCAUGGCUGUUCUCCCUGUUGGACUCUUCGCAGUUUUUGCCCUUGUGACUCUGGUCAUGUCGGCUGUGGGCUUUGUUUUCUUUGAGGUGUUGCUGUUGCUUGUAGCUGGACUGACGCUGCUGUUCACGCUGUCUGGACUGGCCUUCUUCUCUGUGGUGACCUCCUUCAUCUUCGGCACCGUUUACAUCACGUUUACAAACCUGUACCAGAGCUUUUGCAAACAACGGCCAACGAAAAGUCGACCAACCGCUGCAGAAGAGGAAGCCGCUGAUAAAAGUGAUUGA